UUUGUUGGCUGAAAAUAAUGUAUUGAACUUUAUUUGUGCGAUUUCAAAGACAAGGAUACAAAUACAAAUAUUAAUAUAUAAUUGAUUAUUGAUUAGUGGAUAUAUAUUUUGAAUUGUAUAAAUUGCUAUAUAUUUCCAUUUUUCUUCACACACACACACACACACACAAAUGAUGGCAUCAUAUGAUUGAUCAAAAUAUCUGAAUUCAAAAUUUUUCUUAUCUUGAUAUAGAGUGUGCAAAGAUAUCCAUCAAUAAGUGAAAAUAGUAAGUUAUGUUUGUCAAUCAAUCAAACAUUUUGAUUUGGCGAAAUGUAAAAUUUUUUUUGUUCAUUCAUAAAUUCAAUUUAUGGUGAUCGAUCGAUUCGUUCAUUAUAAUUUGUUCAUCAUCAUCAUCAUCAACGACAACAAAACAAUGAUUGAAUCCGAUGAAAUUCUUCGAAAACUUAUUGAAUUAUUUCAAAAAUUCAAUACAAUCAAUGUUUGGUCACAGAUAACCGGAAAGAAUGAUUUUCAAGCUGAAUAUUUAGGAAAGGGUAAUAUUUGUGAUGUGAUACGUUGUCGAUUAAAUCCAUCGAUUUUAACGAAAGAAAACACAAAAUUUUCAUCAAUUUAUCACAAUGAAAUUGUUGUGAAAAUUUUACCAGAUAAUAUUUUUAUUAAAUAUGAUCCAUUGGAAGCAUCGGUAAUAAAUACUAUUAUUUGUUCCAAUGGUAUUGGACCCCGAUUAUUCUACACUGAUCAUCAAUAUAAAGUAUAUGAAUUAAUCGAUGGUCGUACAUAUAAUUACAAUGAUGAUUGCAAUGAACAAACUGUUCGAAAAUUGGCAAGAACAUUGGCAAGAUUUCAUCGGCUUAAUGUACCGAUUUCCAAUGAUUCACAACAACGUUGGUCAUCAAUGAUUGAAAAUCUAGAAUUAAUGCCAUUCUAUGACAUACUCGAAAGCAAAGCAUAUUUACCGUUAAUCAAACACGAUGAACAAUUACGACAAGAAUAUUAUGAUUUUGCCGCUAAAAUUGAUAUUAUCAAAUUAAAUGCCAAUAUCAUUCGAUUAUGUCAUGAUAUUUCUGGUCAAUCAUCAUUUGUAUUUUCACAUAAUGAUUUUAAUCGCAAUAAUCGUAUCGUUUGCAAUGAUCAUAUCAAAUUAAUUGAUCUUGAUUAUUCUACCUAUUAUUAUCGUGGUUAUGAUCUUGGAAGAUAUUUUUCCAAUUAUCGUCAUCGUGAUGAUAUGUUUGGUGCAGAAAGUUUUCCAACCGAUCAUGAAAUGGAUAUUUUUCUUAAUGAAUAUCGUCAUGAAAUGGUUAGAAAAUUAAAAUGUAAUAAUACUAAUAAUAAUAAUGAUGAUCAUGAUCAUUGGAUGGAUGAAAUACUCGACGAUGAUCAUCAUCAGUAUUCAUUACAACAAUUACGAGCCGAAUCAAAAGCAUUUACAUUGCUUGCAUAUGCAGUGGAUACUUAUUUUGGAUUAUGGCAAUUUACAAUCGAUCCAAAUGGAUCACAUGGCAAAUAUUUUCUGAAUGUGGCUAAGACACGUGGCAUGGAAUUACAGCGUUUAAUUCAACAAUUUAUCAACGAUGAUGAUCAUAAACAAUUUGUUCAUCUGUACAGCCAAUGAAAAAGUGAAAAAAAAAUAAAUGGAUAUAUUGCCAUCAAAUUUUCGAAACAUUAUCUUGAACAUUGAUCAAAAUUAUUAUUGAUAAAAUUUUCACCUUGAUCAUGAAUUUUGUUGAUGUUUUGUUACUAUUAUUAAUUGAAGUUGCAGCAGCAAUGAUAGAUUUAUAUAUUAAUAUUUAAUAUUUUAUUUUUCAAAAUCUAAAUUUCAAUAUCAAUGAAA